AUGGCGUUGCUCAGUGUAAACAACUUUGCCCUGCUGGGCCUGGCGUAUAUCACCUUCAAGAUUGUGUACCAAGUCGUGUACUACCGCUUCUUUCACCCUCUGGCCAAGUUUCCUGGACCUUUCUGGGGCAGCGUAACGCGGCUCUGGAUCGCCUACCACAAUGUCAAAGCAGACGAGCCCGAGGUCGUGAGGGCUUUGCACCAGAAGUAUGGCCCAAUCAUUCGCAUCACGCCCACGAUGCUCAUCGUGAGCGAUGCGACCAAGCUGCCCGACAUUUACAACCGCAAUGCCAACAAGUCCAAGCACUACAUCACGGGCAGCUUUGGCGAGACAGAGUCCAUGUUCAACAUGCAGGACCACAAGGUCCACGCCUACUUUCGCAAGAUCGCCGCGGGACCGUACGCCUUUUCCAACAUUAAGAGGAUGGAGCCGCUCCUCGACAGCAACAUUGAAAAGUGGCUCGGUAAGCUCGAUACGCUCUUCGCGUCAGACGGCAAGUCGUUUGACUUUUCGCCCUGGGCCGUUUAUAUGGCCUACGACAUCAUCUCCGAGGUUGGCUUUGGCGCACCCUUUGGCUUCAUUGAGCAGGCCAAGGACGUUGAGGGUCUGAUCCAGGGCUUCCACGACGGUCUGGUCCCCUUUGGUCUGAUGGCGCGCCUCUACCCCUUCACCAACUGGAUGAAGAGCACCUUUUUGGGCAAAUACAUGGUGGCAUCUCCCGAGCAGGAAUCUGGCAUCGGCACAUUGAUGCGCUUCCGCGACAAGCUCAUUAAGCAGCGAUACGAGGAUAUCGAGGCGGGAAAGACGGAUGGACGAAUCGAUCUUCUGCAGGUGUUCAUCGAGGCACGAGACGACAAAGGCCAACCCCUAGACCUCGACUACAUCAAGGCUGAGAUUCUGCUGGUUCUCCUCGCCGGAGCCGACACGACGGGCACGGCGUUCCAAGCAUUCAUGAAGCAGGUCAUGUCGCGGCCGGACGUGUACGAGAAGAUGAUGGCCGAGAUUGACGGAGCGACGCGGGCCAAGAAGCUAUCGGCUAUGCCGCAGUACGAAGAAGUGCUGGAGCAUUGCCCCUACUACAUUGCGUGCGUGCGCGAGGCCAUGCGUCUCAACCCGUCGGCGCCCAACAUCUUCCCACGCCUCGCCCCCAAGGGCGGCCUCAACUUGUUUGGCAAGUUCGUGCCCGAGGGCGCCGAGGUAACUUGCAACCCCUGGAUCGUCCACCGCGACCCCAACAUUUACGGCGCCGACGCCGACGAGUAUCGCCCCGAGCGUUGGCUCGAUGCCGAAAAGGCCAAGGAGUUCAACAAGUACUCCAUGACCUAUGGCUACGGCGCACGCGUCUGUCUGGGUCGCGAUAUUGCAAACAUGGAACUGUACAAGGCGCCUCUGCAAUUCUUCCGCACUUUCAAGCCAACCAUUGUCAAGCCGGGAACGUACAUUUACAAAGGUGGCAUUUCUUAUUUCGAGGACAUGGAGAUUUCCAUUGAAAGGAGGGCCCAAGUUGUCUAG